AUGACCCCGGACCAGCAGCAGCAGAAAAGGGCCAAAGAUCGUAGCCGCAAGGGUAGGAAGAUGACGCGGGGGGUACGCGGUCACAAUGAGGAUGUGGACAGAGAGCUUGGAGAGCGUGUGGACAUUCCAUCUUCAUCAAUCUAUGGACUGCCCACAGACGUUGCCUUCUACUGCCCUGGCGAGGGACUCUAUGCUGAUGACUAUGACUGCCACAUCUACUAUCGUUGUGAGAGGCAAACGGAGCAUUACAUCAAACCCUAUAUGCUGGCCUGCAAAGAGGACACGGUAUACUCGCGAACCCUUCAGUUGUGUAUGCCACCGUUGCUGGCCGGACGUGAGGAGUGCUCAGAGUAUGUGAACGAAAUUAAUAGCAGUGACGAGCUGGCAUAUGAUGGGCUCGGGCUUGGAGUCGUCAAUAACCGGAAUGAUGACGAUGACCAUAAUGCGCUGCUUAACAGCGCCGUCACACCCGCCGCCAAUGAGUUGCGCACCUAUGCUACGGCAAAUCAGUUGCCAACAAAUUACGGCCUGACAGGCCUGAAUGGUGUUUCGGUCAUAUCCUUUUCGAGCUCAUCAUCUUUACGCUCAGCGGGUGGAGCGCAGGAGGAUGAGGCGGGUCCGGCCUGUGAGUAUGAUGGAUUUAUGAGCGAUCCCAGUGACUGCAGCGUGUUUUAUCGCUGCAUCUCGAAUGGACGCGGCUAUAAUAAAAUCGGUUUUCGUUGUUCGGACGGCACCGCCUGGGAUGAAUCACUGCAGUCGUGCAACCAUAUGUUUGAUGUACGUGCUAAUGGUGGGUGCCGCAAUCAGCCGGAGCCACUGAACGAUGGCUACUAUGCUGGUCAAACAUCAACGCAAUCAUCACAGACUAGUUAUCAGAACUCCACCUCAUCAUCCUCCAGUUCAACUAGUAGUAGUCAGCAGAGCUCCUCAUCAUCAUCCUCCUCUUCGACAAGUUCAUCGAGUUCAUCGAGCACUGUUUCUUCUCAAGAGUCCAGCUCGAACUCGAAUCAGGAGUCUUCUACAUCGAGCAGCAAUCAGCAGUCAAGUUCAACAUCGAGUAGCAAUCAAGGGGCUAGCUCGGGUUCAUCUAAUCAAAGCUCCAGCAGCAAUGGCCAAAACCAAAGCUCUAGCAGCAACCAGAACCAAAGCUCUAGCGGCAAUCAGAGUUCGGGCAACAACCACAAUUCGACCAACAGCAAUCAAAGCUCGUCAGCCAGCAAUCAAUCCAAUCAAAACUCAUCCAAUUCCAGUUCCAGCAACCAGCAGAACCAAAAUGCCAAUAAGCCCGUUCCAACUGAAUGUGAAGACGAUAAAACUUAUAUACCAGAUAAAAAGGAUUGCGCCAAGUUCUACAGAUGCCGUUUGGAUAAUGAUGGAAACUUGGAAAAGGUACCCUUUACCUGUGGCCCCGGCACCGUGUGGAAUCAGCAGGAGAAAGUCUGCGACUUGCCAACCGAUGAUCAAAAGAAGAAAUGCAAUUUGCAAGCCUCUAGUAGUCAGAAUUCCACAACGAGUGGCAACCAAUCUAAUAACAGUUCUAGUUCCAACAAUAACCAGUCCAGUGGCAACCAAUCCAGCAACAGUUCUAGUUCCAAUAAUAACCAAUCUAGUGGUAGUCAACAAAGCUCAUCCUCAUCCAGUAAUCAAGGCUCCUCAUCAAAUCAAAACUCAUCUUCCUCAUCCAGUUCCUCAUCUGGAAAUAAUCAGACCACGUCCACAACAUCAAGUAACGAAUCCUCAACCAGUAGUUCUAGCACUCAGGCCACAACAUCUAAGCCAUCAAAUCCGGAUGGUGAUUGCAAGGACACAGAGACAUAUUUGCCCGAUUUGAAGGAUUGUGCUCGCUUCUAUCGUUGUGUGGAUAAUGGAAACGGAGGAUUCGAUAAGGUUGCUUUCGAUUGUGCACCUGGCACUGUUUGGGAUCCUGAUUCAAAGGGCUGCAAUCAUCCAACUGAUGUCCAGAAGGAACAAUGCAAAGCUAUGGCUAACGGUUCGUCUAGUGGCAGCUCUGGAAACCAGGGCUCAUCUUCUAAUCAAGGAUCAAGUUCCAGUAAUCAGAGCUCCUCAACGUCGUCAACAUCAAAUCAGGGCUCCUCAACAGAAAGUUCUUCGUCUACUUCACAAGGCUCUUCCACUUCCUCUUCAACCACUCAAGGAUCUACCUCAUCGAGCCAAGGAUCAUCUACGUCUACGGAAACUUCGACUUCCUCAACUCAAGGAUCAUCCUCCAAUCAAGGAUCGUCUAAUCAGAGCUCUUCUUCAUCCAAUCAAGGAUCGUCUAAUCAGAGCUCUUCUUCAUCCAAUCAAGGAUCCUCUAAUCAAAGCUCGUCCUCAUCUAAUCAAGGAUCAUCUAAUCAAAGUUCGUCAUCCAGUCAAGGAUCUUCUAAUCAGGGUUCAUCAACGUCCACCGAGAGUUCUUCAUCAUCCACUCAGAGUUCCAAUCAGGGAAAUUCCACUUCGACAGGUAAUCAAGGAUCGUCAACCACUCAGAAGCCAUUUAAGCCUGCUGAGAAAUGCGAAAGUGAAGAAACAUUCCUGGCAGACAAUGAGAACUGCUCCAAAUUCUAUCGCUGUGUGGAUAAUGGAAAAGGUGGCUUCAUGAAAGUUUCAUUCACAUGCCCGCCGAAAACCAUUUGGGAUCCGGAAGCCAAUAGCUGCAAUCAUCCAGAUCAAGUGCAAACCCAAACUCUGAAAUGUAAAAAAGUUGUCAGUGGAUCUUCCUCUAAUAGCAGUUCCUCAUCGAGUUCAUCGGGCGGAAGUAGCAGUUCAUCUUCAAGCAGCAAUUCUUCUUCCAACUCUGGAUCCUCUUCAGGUGGCAGUUCUUCAUCCACCAGCAGUAGCGGGGGAACCUCCUCGACUACCUCUUCGUCACCGUCAUCGAGCAGCACAUCUACAGAAUCAAGCAGCAGUAGCAUCACUUCCUCAUCAACAUCAUCGUCAUCGUCAUCAUCAUCAUCAUCAUCAGCUUCGACAACAUCCUCGUCAACUUCGUCGUCAUCAUCGUCUUCUUCGACAUCGACAACAACAUCUAGCUCGCAUCCUUCGGGAGAGUGCCAAGAAAAUGGCCAGUUCCUGGGAGAUCAACAAGACUGUGCCAAAUUCUAUCGCUGUGUCGACAAUGACAGAGGUGGCUUCAGUAAAGUGACCUUCAGCUGUGGACCCGGUACAGUUUGGGAUGCAGAGAUUCAGGCCUGUAAUCAUGCUUGGGCAGUCAAAGGAUGUGGAUCCACGGCCUCUACACAGACACCAUCUGGAAUGACGACGACAACGCCCAAGUAUCCUGCCCUUCCAACAACUUCCACAGCUCGGCCCAAUCCUCAGGGAUCUAGCACGACUAGGGAACCAACGACAAGUGGGGGAUAUCCUCCACUUCCAACAACUUCCACAGCUCGACCCAAUCCUCAGGGAUCUAGCACAACGAGGCAACCAACAACUUCGACCCAGCAGCCAACCACACAAAGGCCCAAUAAUGGUAAAUGCACAUCUGAAGGAUUCAUAGGUGAUUCAAGCAACUGUUCCAAGUUCUAUCGUUGUGUGCGAAAUGGCAAGGGUGGUUUUACCCAGAUACCCUUCAAUUGUGGUGCCGGCACCGUAUGGGAUCAGGAUUUGCAAACCUGUAACCACAAUUUUAACAAUUGCAAGACAACAGACACAACCACUGAGUCCGGCAAAGUGCCAUGUGAAACAACAACGCCCAAGCCAACGACGUCGACGACAUUAUCAACACCAAUCGACGGACCGAACACCACAACUUCCAUGGAAACUACCACAGAUAUAACCACCACCCAGAUGCCGGCUACCACGACCAAGAAACCAGAGCCACAGCAACCAAUUUCAUCGAGUAGUCCCUGCAAAAAGGAAGGUUUCUUUGGGGACACUGAGGAUUGCCAGAAAUUCUAUAGAUGUGUGAGCAAUGAGAAGGGUGGAUUCCAUAAAUAUAAUUUCAAAUGCUCCAACAAUACCGUAUGGGAUGCUGAAAUCGAGAAUUGUAAUCACCCAUCGGCUGUAAAAGACCCAAGAUGUCAUUCGGAGACUACAACGGGAGUGCCAGAGCCAACGACAACGUGGACAACACCAUCAUCUCAGCCGCCAACAACACUCCGACCAGAGUCAACGACAACGUGGACAACCACAUCAUCUGAGCCGCCAACAACACUCCGACCAGAGUCAACUACACCGUGGACAACCACAUCAUCUGAGCCGACAACAACAUUCGUACCAACAACAACCAGACCAACAACCACUGCCAAUCCAACGACUACAAUGAGACCAACAACCACGCAAUCCUUACCUGAAACUUCAACAACGGAAUCGGGCACCACUGAACGACCAACUAGUCCACCUAAUCAGCCGCCAGGCACGGAAUGCAAGGGCGAAGGAUUCAUGGCAGAUCCUUAUGAUUGUCGGAAAUAUUAUCGUUGCGUCAACACUGGCAAACAGUUGAAGAAAUACACCUUCAUGUGCCAGAAGGGCACUGGCUGGAACGAAGAUGUUCAGACAUGCGAUUAUGCUGAAAAUGUACCCAGAUGCUCCAAUAUGACUACAGAAGAACCGACCACAAUGCCACCAACAACCGAAAGUCCAACCACUACAACAGAGAAAUCCAAGCCCACAGAAACAACAACCACACAGCCAAUAACGGAUAAACCCACAACUGAACAACCUACUACAGAAAAACCAACAUCAAAACCAACCGAAACUCCAACAGACAAACCCACAGAGCCUCCAACAUCAAAACCCACCGAAACUCCAACAGACAACCCCACAGCGCCUCCAACAUCAAAACCCACAGAAUCUCCAACAAAGGAACCUCCAACAGACAAGCCUACAGAAUCUCCAACAGAUAAACCCACAUCAAAGCCCACAAGCCCUACAACAGAGAAACCGACAGGUCCUACAACUGAGAUCCCCAUGGAUCCAACUACAACUACAAUAGAGCCAACAGGCGGACCGGGUUAUCCGCCCGCCACAGAACCUGUGACAACUGAUUCACCAUCAACUAUUCCACCAAAUUCUGGAACAAAAUACAAUUGCACUGCUGAAGGAUUCUUUGCUGACCCCGAGGAUUGCAAUCGCUAUUAUCGCUGUGUUGAUGAGAAAAAGACUGGCAAAUAUCAGGUUUACAGUUUCAAGUGUCCCAAUGGAACCGUUUGGGAUACAUCGCUGGACACAUGCAACUAUGCGGAUCAAGUGUCAGGCAACUGUUCCUCAAGCCAACCGACGACAGUGGAACCAUCAACCGCAACGACAGAUGAGUCCAUGACAACUACAACAACAGUAGGACCUGUAACUACAACAUUUAGACCCACAACAUCUGGACCAAUAACCACGACAUCUGAACCAGUAACGACAACAUCUCGACCAAUAACCACGACAUCUGAACCAGUUACAACGACAUCUGGACCAAUAACUACAACAUCUGAACCAGUAACAACGACAUCUGGACCAAUAACCACAACAUCUCAACCAGUUACAACGACAUCUGGACCAGUUACAACGACAUCUGAACCAGUUACAACGACAUCCAGCCCCGAAACGACGACCACAUUAUCACCGUUGCCGACAACAAACACAAGUUCUCCCUGCCCACCGACAAGCGAGGGACAAGAAGUUUUCGUCUGCCCCACUGGAUUCCGUCGCCAUCCUAAGAAAUGUGGCAUGUUCUAUCAAUGCAAUGAGAAUACGGAUAGCAAUGAUCUGAACAUUGUCACCUUCCAGUGUCCCAAUGGCACAGUGUACCAAGACAAUACUUGCAGCUGUGGCAAACCCGAAGCCAAUGACGUUUGCAGCAAGGGAGUCACCAGGACCAAUAUCUUUGAGGAUGAAUCGCGUCGUCUAAACAUGGUACAAAUUCGCUCCACAGCGCCACUUUGUCCGGAGGAGGGACACUUUGCUCUGAAUGACGACGAAUGCAGUCAAUUGUUUGUGAAAUGUGAUUACUCCGAGCAGACGGGACGCAUCGAGGGCCAGAUUUAUAGAUGUCCGCAAGGCUUUGCCUACUGGAAUGUAAGCCGACGCUGCGAACCAGCAAGGAAACUAGUGAACUGCACACCUACCGCCUACAAUGUGGGCGGUAAUGUGCCACUGGAGUGGCUAAAUCUUGGUCACAGACGUCGCAAUCUUCGCAUUUGAAGUGCAACCAUUUUAGAGUUAAGUCCUUGCCGCAAUUGUUUACUUCGCAAGCGUAUUGUCAGCUUGCGCAGCAAAUGA